AUGCUUGCAGGUGAUGGCAAUACCUUUCUUGCGACUUGUAUGGACCACCCUGACGACUUGCGAGCUAUAUCCAAGUUGUCGCUCGUCCGCAUCAACUACGACGUCCGGGAGCACAUCAUGUCGUUUCUGCCUGGCUCCUCUCUUUCAGCCCUCGCAAUGACCUGUCGCUAUUUCUCAGAGGCCGCAUUCCCGUCACUCUGCAGAUUGGCUUGGCUUCCCUUCUGCUUACAUGAAGAUCUGCUCUCGUUCCGCAGCUUCCUUCGUAUCGGAUCUUCAACCCAUCGCUGGCAAUACAUCCGAAAGCUGGACUUCCGCCUCCGAUGGCUAACUUCGGAGCCGCUCCAUGAGAUCACGGAACUCACCAAGUUGUCUCAUGACUGCGAUCAUCCUGAGUCCAUGAUGGACGUACUGCUGCACACCUUACGCGCAUGCCGCAACCUGGAAAGUCUACACAUCCUCAAUGUAGACCUGUGCAAUGAACACGAUACCCAAGUUCUGUAUCAGAUCAUUUCGACGUUGCCAGCACUCGCGAAACUCCGUAUGGAACUGCCUCAAGAUGUCACGGACCGGAUGCUUCGCAAGCUCGCCAAGCCGCACCUGCGCACUCUCGCGUUUUACCACCGGAUGAAUUACGAUGCGGGGGCCCCUGAGCUCAUACAACACCUCUGCUCACUCCGCCAAUCACUCGUAGAGUUGUGUCUCCCAAAGUUUCACGACUGCGUCUUCCCCCCGGGUGUAGUCUUCCCGUAUGCACAACGGCUCACGAUCGGAUUUCCUGGGCCGACGCCGCAGAGCCUACCCGAUGUCCUUCGGCAGUCAUUCCCUAACCUUCUGCAUUUGAGGAUGGCUGGAAGCGCACCGUGGCAUAGCUCGACGUCAGAAGCCGGGCGCGCUCAGCUCGAGAGUCUACGGGAACACCACGAGCGGGAAUGGCGAUCCAAGCCGAAUGCAUGGCCGGCCUUAGCUUCGCUCUCGUGCGACCGAAAGACGUCCGAGUCAGGACUUUAUGGGCUCGCUAUACCCCGUCACAUCCCCUACCUCUCUGUCAGGUUCGACGGUUCAGCUGAUAGGUGGGAUACAAAGACCGCGCGGAUCCAUGCAUCACGGUCUGCAGUCCUCGUCACGGACGUUCGCCCGUUUUGCGUCGAGCUUCGGAUGACUAUACUAUCCCAUCAGUCAUUCAGGACUAUGGCAUCAGAGGACGACACAGCUUGCUUGGAGUUCAAUAUCCUGCACACCCCCGCGUACCCAUCGCCGCUUCUCCGCUUCGUCCUCACCAUAGAGCGAGAUGUGGUUGCAACCAAGGGCGAAACAGCGACGGAUGCACUUUGUCGCGAACUACCCCAGCUCUCGCUAACACAUCUACUAAUCCGGCACUGCGGCGAGCCUCCGGAAUUGCGGGCUCUGCUUGGCGAAAACGACAUGCUCGCUCAGCAAGAGCGGAUGGCGGCAAUCAACGCGAGCGCGCAUGAGACGGCUUCAGUACUCGUCGAGGCUUCUCGCACCCUUCGUUGGGUCGGGAUUCAAACUCACGGCCAGGCGCUGCGAUCUUGGGAGGUCCUACGCAUGCCCCCGAACAGUUCCGCAAGUGACGCGGCACAGCUUAAGACAGCGGCAGUACUACAAGAGUUGGAUGAACACGACGGGCAGAAGGUUUUGGUUACUGAGGGUAUGGUGGACGUAGAAUUGUCUUUCGUCCCGCUGUGA